AUGUAUUUGUUGUUUCUCUUCUACAUCUCGCUCGUUGCCUCUUACGGCAUGAGCCGUUUCGGCCCUAGUCUGGAGGACAGGAAAGAACAAUACGUCAAAGGAUUGGAGGAAAGAUCUUCUAAAUUGACCGAUCUGGUGGCUGUUUGUGCCGAAUACUACGAUGUCGUCGCUUCCAAGAAGUUCUCUCUGGAAGGCCACAUUGUAUAUAUUCAGUCUGUUGAAGGCGAAAGUGCCCAUAUCGAGAAUCCUCACGAGAGUGUGUCUGUUUGGGCUAAAUACCGCAAGGUUAGGUUGUUCAAAAACUGCAUUGAAACCGCUGCUCAUGUCGAGUUUGUGGAUUCCGAGGCACAGUUGGAAAAUAUCAAGGUCUUGAGUGAUGACAGAGAAAACUGGGUCAAAGCUGCUGAGCGUAAGAUGAAGCAAGGCUACUAUCCACCAGAUAUGUACUACUACGAUUGA